AUCGUUUUACCCCUUUGUAGUAAUUGCAUAUUGUGUAGACUAAGCUUGUGUUGACUGUCCUAUCAAAUUUGUUUUCGACAGUUUGAUUAUAGUGAAGUUGGCGUUUCUGGGAAUACUCCGAUUCGUAGUAUUCUUUCUGUUUUAUGAAUUAAUUUAUGCGCAUGAAUGGUAAAAAUGGAGGGACUUUAUAAGAUAAAUAUAGUAUCGAGUGAUUUGAGCACAGAAGAAACUAUUCUACAAAUAGCAGACACGCUUGACAACCUUAACGGGGUAGUUGAUGAUGUGUUUUAUCGACUAAUGUGCAGAAUCAAUCAGAACAUGGACAAAACUGCUAAAUUAAAAGAUAGGAUGGAAAUUGCCAAAACUAAAGUUGACAAGUUAACUGGUUUGCAAAAGGCGAUAAAAGUAUUUUCGAGUGCAAAAUACCCAGCUUCCAUAACGCAAGAAAAUUAUGAAUCAGUAUUUGGUUUCGAAGGGUAUAAGUACAAACCUAAAAAAGUGACGCUGAGUGGAAAAGCUCAGGGGCUGCUUUCUGAUAAAGGAAUACAGGAAAAACUUCAUUUCUACCACGUGAAAGUCGCGGAUACUGCGAACCCGAAACCAAAACAGGACUAUAGACUAAACGCUGUGAUUGACAACAUAGAAACUGUCGGGGAAUUGCUUAUUUUUAACACUGAUGAAAGUCCUUAUCUCGGUACAUCCAAUAAGUUAUCGACUUAUGUACCAACAGUGAAAACAAACAUCGAAAACACAAGUUUAUUAGAAGCAGCUCCCUAUUCAAUAAUGAAAAAAGAUGUGAUGAAACGUGAAGUCGAUGAAUACAUGUACGCGCCUGGAAUGGGAAUGGUGCCGGAACUUGAUAUGCCGCUUGAUCUGCCGCAUUUGCCGGGAGUAGCUGGAGAUGUCCAAUUUUUGAUUAACAACGAAGGGUCUAUUGCACCAUCUGUAGUGACAUCACCUGUAACCCCAGCCGUUUCUUUACCUGAGUCUGAGCUGCCGGAUCUUCAGGAGUUACCAAAUGUUAACUCGGAAAUAGUGAUUUCUUUGGUUGACGCUCCUGACGCGCCUCCACCGCCGCCGACGAGUGCACAAGCACUACUGCUUCCGCCUCCGCCGCCACCACCGCCUCCACCUCCUCCACCGGCGCCUUUAGAACUUACAACUACACACAUGAAACGCGAAGAGAACCCAUCGGUGUCGGCGCCUCCGCCAGUAACAGGCGACGCACACGCUGAUCUCAUGGCAGCGAUCAGGAGAGCCGGUGGGGCAGGCCGGGCCAAGCUCCGGUCGGCUGUGGACACUGAUGCGGCAAAGGGCUCGAAAGCUGCUCCAACUGGUGACUUAAUGGCGGACUUGCAUGCCAAGCUGUCGAUGCGCCGUCGCGGGAUAUCUGGCGCCGAGCGGGCCGGCGGCGGGUCCGUGCUCCACACGCUGGCGAGUGUCAUCCCGGAGCCUGCAGACUCCUCGCCACAGCGCUCCUCCUCCGACGACGACUGGGAGUGAAACUGGCAAUGGUUAUCAAACACGUAACGUAACGCCCGCCCAUUCGGUUCUAUCAUAACAUUACAAGAAUAUUCGUAUGUUAUAUAAUGUUUAUUUAGAAAAUUUUAGCUACGGAAAGGUAAUGUGUACAAGUAUCUAUAAUAUUUAUAAUAUUGCUUAUAUAUAAAUAUGAUUAUUCUUAAAUGUUUAUAUGAAUAUCUCUCUGAUGUAACUGAUGGACGAGAUGAGCAUGUCGCUGUCUUAUUCUGGCUGUGCUUUUGGCUCUCUUUGAACCAUGCUGCACCGCACUGCAUUACAGUCGAUCCAAUGAGAAGAUUUAUUUAAGUUUCCAAACGCCUGAGAAUUUCAUUUGGUCACUAAUAUACCCUCGGUGACGUGAUAGGUAUUAAAUUGGCUGUGAAACGAAAUGCCACAUGUUCGAUCCAUCCAGAAACAAAUAUUAAAUUCGGAUUUGGGUUUUGUAGAUCGAAUGUCCUUCGUAGUUCCUAAUACCCAUAACUUAAAACUUGUAUUCUAAUGUGGGUUUUAGAUUAUGCGUGUAGCUGAUAGCCUGAUACCCGUAUUCAAUUAACAUUAAAUCGGAAUACUUAACAAAAACUUGCUUUGCUACUAUUCGGACAGGAAAAAAAGACAAAGCAAGACUUACUAAUAUUUAUUCAAUCAUUAUUUUUGUCGGACACGUCGAAUAUCUUCACCCUAAUUUGUAAAGUCAAAAUGCUUUAAAGAUAGAUGACCACGAUAGUAAACUCGUUUGAUCCGAACUUUAACAGAAAUACUUAUUUUUUUAUGAUUCACGAUAAUUCCGUAUUAAUGUUGUUCAGUGGCAGCAAUGUGAGAUUAGUGAGCUAAACUGAUAGGAAAAGAUUUAUUCUGCGCGGAUAAUUACAGGACAGUGGAUUUUCCUGGUACACCUGGUGCCUCGUGCAAGUUCUCGGUAAGAACAUAUUAAUUUGUUCUCCGAAACGGUCUGUAUUGAUUGUUGCUUAAAGCCACAUAAGGUAAAUGUCCCUAACGCGCCAAGUUCAGAUCGUGUGGGACUUUUUUGUGACUACUUAAUCUUCAUACCUUCUAAGAAAGAUAGGUGUUAUUUAAAGUCGAUUAGCCGCUAAAUAUGCCGGCCGUUUCUUAGAACAGUAUAUUUAAUCGAAAUUUUGUUAACAAAGACCUUGUUAAAGAUAAGUAAAUAAAUUAAAUUAUAAUUACACUCAACAGCCGGACAUAUAGUCCUGACCCUAUAUUAUUAUAUAUACUCUAUGACGAGGUUAUAUGGGUUUUCAAAAUUACUGACGUUUCUAGAAGGAAUUACGAUCCUUUGGAUUUUUCUUGUUUAAAUAGGCCCGAAACAAAUGUUUGCGAAUAGAACGAAUAGUUAAGUGCGGAUUUUACAUGUGCGGCUCGUCCCUGAACAGCUGGUUUAUGGCCAUAGGGGGCCCCCUGUGCUACCUCGAGGGGCAGUAAUUAUUAUACUUAGUUUUUUUAUAAUAUCAUUACAUAAAUUGCAUUUAAUUAAAACAGAUCUUUAUAGUUAAAAAGAAAUGGCAAAAUAGAGAGAGACUGUUUAAUAAUUAUUUUCUGAAGCUAUAAAAAAAAAAGUUGUAAUAAAUAAGGCCGAUAUUGAUAUCCUUUUUUCUCAAACGGUCUGUUGGUCCUGAUCCUCUUUUUACGUAAGGGUCACUAAAGCAAUAUAAGACAUCUAUUAACAAGUCUAACUACAUGGAUGAUAUACACGCAGCUAUAAUAAGAUAUCAGUGUGAAUUAUUAUGAAAUGGACAGUGUAAACAUAAAUAAGCAUGGAAAUACUUAAUUCCGGGCGGCCUGUAAUGUGCGUUUCUCAAAAAGCAGUUUCUAUUUUCAAAUCGGAAGGGGCCUUGUUCCGUGAGGUUAUUACGAUAAUCGCAUUUCUUACUAGCGGCUAUCUCGCUUUCGUUUCUCGGAAGGCGCGCGGCGCGGCGCUGCGCGUGUACGGGCGCGACUCGCGGACGGAGCGGCGCGGCGGCAUUACCAGCCUCAACUCGCAAACUAUCAACUGGUUAUUCCGAUUAGCAUUUCAAGAAUUGAGAGAAAAAGUAAAACGUGAUUAAUAAAACCCCCCAGAUCCGUUUCAACCCACGGAAGCCGACUACUGUUAACUUAAUAAAACAUUAAUGCUGUAUAAAAUAUUCCACAAAUUCUAAGAAUUAGUAAUACGAUGUUCUCAGAUCUGAGUAGUUAUUGCUUAUUUAGUUAGUAAAGUAGUUAUUUGAAGCAGUCUUGUGUGGAACGGAGUCUAGAAUAUAAAACAUUAUGUGCUAGUUACAAACAUUGUGAUGGCGACUUCCCCUCACUGUCGGUUGAUAAGUGAGGUUCAAAUUAAUACAGCAGAACGUUAAUAAGCUUAGUUAUCUUUAUCUGCAUAUAUCUAGUAAUGUUAUUAUAUGCAUAUAUUUUACGAGAUUCUUUGUAGUUUAUUAUUGCUGUUUACAUCAAUUUGACUGUGUUAGAUAUGAAAAUACAUAUGUGGAACGAACCUGUAAAUUAUAAAUAAAAUACAUGGAGAUUAAGACUUCAUUCCUAAUCGAUUAUAAUAAUAUUCCUAAAGUUUAAAUUAAACUUAAUUCAGGCUGUAUAGUUUUGGGUACUUGGUCAGAAUCCACAGACCCACAUUGGUUGAUAUUUACAAAACAUUUUUAAAAGUUCAUCUAUAAUGAGAUUAUAUGGUUUUAUAAAACCGCUUGCAAACGGCACACAUAAUACUAUGUUUACGUCACGCAUGUCGAUUCGGAGUGCGUCACUAUUACGUACCGCGCCAGAUUUAGUAACCGAAUUUAUACAAAUAGCACAUGGAAAUAUAUACAUUAGCACUCUCCUUCCUAUGCAAAUAUUAUUGCAUUCAAUUUAUUCAUCUAAGCGUUAUCGUUAACUAUACUUACGUUUAUAAAAUUUUCUUCAACAUUUUUAUAAAUAUUAAAUAUUAUGUAGCAAUUACCCAUAUGCAAUGCGUUUCUGGCGUUAAUAUAACAAUAUUAAAUUUGUCGUCUUCUACAGUAAAUCGUGGAAUGCACAUACUACUAAAAACAAUACUUGUUCAGAUUUAGCAGGUUCGUGUUUAUAGAAUAUGGCACAAUCAAUUCGUUUAACCACGGCGUUUGAUCAUUGACAUUCAUGCAAACCGAUUAAGUGUUACUAGCAAGGCUUUAUACUACUAAAUAGCAUAGACGCGCGGUUUAGUAGCUCUAUAACGUUACAAAUGUGUUAUGUAAUUUGCAAACAUCCAAUUUUUCUAUUGGCCCUUUCUUAAGAAUGUUUUUUAUAGUAAUAAAUAAGAAUAUAUGAACAUUACUUAUGCUUCAAGCUUUUCACGCGAAAAAUAUGCCAUGUUUUAAAGCACGUUAUUAAAUAAAUAAAUAGUAAAUUUAAUGCAUGCUAAACCGAGUUUGCGGGAUAUACGAAUGUGUAUAACUAUAACAGGUAAAACCAUGCCGAGUAUUGUUUAUAUUAAUGUUAAAUUGAUAAAUCUUGCGAUGUUUAUUUACAAAUAUAAAUUAUAAUUAUAUGUACCUACAUGUCCUAAUCAAUUUAAUACAUAAUUAUACGUAUUGGGCGCUUUAGUGAAUCACAACAACGAGUUAUUGAUAUACGUUUAAAUAAAACUUAAACCAACGUCUAAAAUACAGGAUAUAAAAAUUUUAAGUUUAUAUUUUUUGUAAAUAACUGUUUACACUAAUAUCAACGUUAUGAGGUAAUAUUCGCGUGUCCAAUACUAAUGCGACACCAACACGUGACAGGGUUUUGGAAUGAACGAAUUAGGUAAAUUGUAGGCGGUGGGCUCCUUUUUAUUUCGACUCGUAGCACAUUUGUAUGCCGCGCGGCGGCCACAUGCGGCGGACAGUUAAGUUCCGAUGAGUAGCUGUAAGCCGCGUUGCAUUAGUCUAUGCGCUUGGAUUAGGGACAUGUCCGCCUUGGCUAAGAUUCCCCCUCACAACGUUACGACGAAUUUAAAACUAUACAUAAACAAGUAGGUUUCUCGAUACUUAAUACAUUUAUAAAUUAUUUAAAUUUUAUUAAGUAUAAAAUAACAAAACUUUAUAUACAUUUUUAACGUUAUUAUUAUGUCCGUCGGUGUGUGUACAGCCUUAUCACGCUAUUAAUGUUCAAACUUCAAGUAAACUUUAGCUAUUUUCGUUGAAUAUGUAAAUGCAAAUUUAAAAUACUUGUAUAUUAGUCAUUGCUAUAGGGUAUAAAUGUUCUAAGUGUUAAUUUGACGGUUGAAACUGUAGCAAUGUUUUACAAUUGUAAUAUGUACAUGAACGUGAACGUAUACAAAUUAUGUGUAUAACGUAGUAAAUUUAGCUAAAUAUUGUUAGGUUUGUUAUUUCGCGAUAGCUUAUCACGGAUUCACGACGCAAGUAUACAUCGCACCGCGUCGUAUGCGUGGUAAUGGUUCGUUACUUGUUAAUGGUUAUUAAAGUACACGUAUAGUGCGAAUAAUCAAUAUGUUAGUAAUUACGAGGUGUUGUACGAAUUUGUAUCUUAACAUUCUAGAAAUAAACCUCAUAUUACGGUUUAAGCAUACUCGACAGCAAAGAUUGUUUCAGUGAAUAAGCACUUUGCGUCUCGUAGGUAGUUUAUAAUUCAUACAAUAUAAUUCUAUGAACCGCAUCGUUGUGAGUGGCUUUUCUAUAAAUAAGUCAAGGGUGACAACUGACAACAUUGCGUUUGAUCGUUGUCUACCCUUGUGAGGUCGCGCAGUGUCAAUACGAUGCUGAACAGUCUGUUGGCCCCUGGGGAAAUGUGAAUGACGUAAUUUAAUUACAUUAUUGUUAUUAAGUAUACAUAUGUUAAAUUAAUAAGAAUUGUUUACAACUUUGAUAAAUUUAUUGUAAAGUUGUGAAGCGUUACGAAAUAUAUUAUCGCAGUUUCGCUUGCGUGCCGUGUUCUGCUUGAGUAAAUAUUGACGCGAAGCACACACGCGUCGGCGCGUCCUCACCUGCGGGACGUCGCGUCUCCACGAACUUGUCUAUUUAUCAAUGUUGAUAAAUAUUGUGACAAAACGCAUUGUUGAUUAUACAAGUCACUGAUACGACACAACUCACAACUUCACGUCUUGCAGCGCGAGGUGUGAUGUCACUCGGUACGCGUCACUCCCUUUAUUUGUCGACACAUAAAAAUUAGUUCCAUGCACGUUUAAAAUAAUCUCAGAAGCCGGGUCUUGCCUUAUUUACGCCAGACCUCAAAAAGCUUUUUCCUAUAAUUUAAAUAAUAGACACAUAAGAAUGGAAUUAACGUUUACCGCGAAGAAAUCGAUUCCCAGUAAUCUUUUGCGUUUUAGGCAAAAUUGUGCAAUCACGCGAAUGGUAAUGAUGAUACGUCUAUUGCAGCUAGUUUAAUAUGUUGUUUGUUAGCACGGCUACCCGGUGCGGUUAUUGAUUACUCUGUGCCCCACUGUAGAACAUAUUAUUACGCUAUAAAAGUUAUACAGAUACAAAAGGCACUCCAUGUUAUAUUUUUUAAGAGCUCUUCAUCUAUAAUUUGUUUUUCCCGAACUGAUUUAAUAGUAUGUUAAACAUUUCUUUUCGAAUAUUACACAAAAUCGAUCCUAUAUUUGUUUAAAAUUAUAUGUUUUUAUACGUCUUUCUAAGUAUUUGUAAGGAAAUACGAAUUAUACCUACGUAUUGUGUGGUCGUGCUUUUCCACUGUUUAUUGUGAAAGCUAAUAUCGUUGCGGCAUCAUAUCCUGUAUGCAGUACAUUUUAUAAACAAACUUUUUACUAUAUUUUGGGUUUGGGGCCUUCACCGAUAAAAGUGAUUAAUCUGUUUUGUUGUUUUUUCUUUAUCUCAAAUAAUUUAAAGUCAAAAAGAUAAAGCAUCGAUUAAAAUGGUAACUUAUUGCCAAAGCUUUCGAAUUUUGAAUUGAAUGCUCUUUCACUAAUAUGAACUCCAUAAAAUGUACUGUAUAUAGGCCCUUUCUUAUUGUUCCAUUUUUAUCAAACUGAUGCCGAAACGCUUGGUUGUAGUCAAGUUUAGUGUCUGUUAUAAAUUUCGUGUUACUGGGUCCAUAGGUACUUCUUUUGGAUUUGUAUAUGACGUACCACUUAGCGAACCGUGUUACGUAUUUUGCAUUGGGCUUUGGGUGAGUUGCCAGGACGUUAAUCUUAAAAAAUCAAUGCAGAAAGAGUAACAAAAGGCAAUAAUAAUAUCUUAUGACAAGCACAGUACUUAAAUUGUGUAACUAAGUAUUUGAUUUUUUCGUCAGCCAUAAAAUACGAUAAUCACGAACUCUCCGAAAUUAAUUUCUUUAGACUCGUAUUCACGCUCAGGUGGGAGUGGCUCUGACUUUCCGUUAAUUAGUGAGAUAAGUAUGUAAUAAAGUUCGCUAAGUUGGAUUUACUAGAGCGUUUGUAAUCUGAGUUAGUUAGCACGCUAAUAAAUAAGAUCAAAUUUAUUAAAAUUAUGUUGAUAUUAUAAUGUUUAAUUAAAUUGUGUACAUAGCUAUUAGUGUAGACAUUUUAUUUGUAUAUAGAUUUAAUUUAAGUAAAUAUUAAUUAGGAAUACUUGCCUUCAUGAAUUUUAUUAUAAGUUUUCGACUGAUUGAUUUAUACGAUCUACAUGUUUUAACAGCAAUGUUUCACACUCCGUGCAUUUUUUAAGUCAAUGUAAGUUUUAUAACUGUAUGUAGGUUCAACAAACAGUAGUCAAAUGUGUUUGUAAGUCAUUAAUUUAUUUGCAGCAAAUGAAUUUGUAGUAGCAUGUUAUUAGUAUAAUAAGAUUUUUUUCUCAAUAAAGCUCUGAAACCACUAAUCUGUCGGAUAGUUUUAUACAGUGUAAAUAAUGCCGAGUUUGCUGUUUUGAUCGUACCUAUCAUUUCGUCUCAUGUCCGGAUGCAUACAUUGAUGUAUGAAUAAAUUUUAAAUGUUACAUGUUUGGUAUAACGUGGUCAUUAAUAAAAAUGAAAUUUAAAUAUUA